GAGUUGGCCAAGAUGAACCAAUCCCUGCAGAUCCUUUUGUCUCAGAAUGGUCCUGGCGCUUCCGAGGUUGCGGCAGAAUUGAAAGACCUCUUGGAAAAUACGUUGAAGGCUUCCGUUCUUGCUGCGAAGGAUUCUUUGCAGACAGAGUUGUCCAAUCACUAUGCAAAGGGCUUUGAUGCUUGCGACGCUGUGCUGGCUGCAGCACAGGGAUCUGCCGGAGCGGUAGCCACCAAGCAAGCCAGCUUCGAGACAAGUCGCGCUAAGCAUGUGAGUUGCCGCACUCUUGAGGCUGAAUCAAAAACCACAUUUGAUGCUUGUGCUGAAGAGGAGGAGAAGCUUAAGGUUGCCAAAGAAAGUGCUUGCAAGGUGGUUGCAGACCUGAAUGCCAUUACUCAUGGUAAUUCGGUUCGUGAGAAUGGAGAGACCUACAGUGCCUUCAGUGGAAGGAUGGAAGUGUACUAUGAGGCUGAGAAGGAGAAGGCCUUGGCUGCAGAAAAGAAAUGCAACAAGGCCUCCGAGGACUUCGAGACAAAGGUGUCAUCAUGUUCAGCUUUGAAGUCCAGCUGGACAGGCCAAAAGACAACAUGUGACGAGGAACAAGAUCUCAUGGAUGCAACUUCCUGCCAGAUUCUGGAGGCAUCUAAUUUGGUGUGCACCGAGUAUGCAACAUGCAAUGAGCAGGCCACCGCAUCAUACAAAGUGGACCAAGCCUCUGUGGAAACCCAAGAAGGUGGUUUGAAGCAUGAGUGGAUGGCCGUGUUACAGAUGGAGUGCCAGCUAUCCGUCUUCACCACCGCUUCCAAGGACAAGAAAACAGCCCUGACAGAUUGUGUGACCAAGGACUACACCACCGAAGUUGACGCGGCCAUCAAGUUGCAAUACCCAAGUCCCAUCCCCAGAGCAGCCAAGGCAUGCGAGAAGGCUGCCGGAACAGCUGGUGCUGCAGCCUAUGAAGAGGCCAACUACAAAGGGUUGCCCAGCGAUGCUCCUGCUAAGGCCUGUUCUGCUGAGUGCUGUACCGCUGACGAUCCUGCCAGCCUGGAAGCAAAGAAGAUCACGGAUCCGAUCCUUGCAAACUUGGCAGGUGAGUGGAGUGUGCACUACAGUGGCUGGUCGCGGAACUUUCCUUUCCAAUGGGUCAAGAUCACAUGCGACGGAUCAUGGACCAUUUGGAAUGGAGUGACCUCAAAGGUUGUUCUCAGCGGACCUGAUUUCGACAAGCUUUGUCCCAAAAGGACGGUACAACCCCAGUUUUUGGUUCCCAAGUGGGCUGGCACUCACAAGUGGGAGUGUGGCUGGUAUGACGCUGAGUUGGACACCUUCGGAUGUGACCACUACGUCCCUCGCUACUGGGGAUGGCUCAACCAAGCGAAGCGGGUGAAGAAGUAUGAGUGCCCUUGAUAGCAGUUUCUCACCGCGCACAUGAGAGUGCUUCAAAAAGAUGCAA